UGAAUUACAGUAAAUUGGUAGGUUUUAAAUCACCACCCCAAAAAAGUAUAUACCAAUUUAUUUGAAAUUACAUUGAUAAAGAACGAAAAAUAUAAGAAAUUGAUUAUUUUAUCUCCUUUAUCAAAGUCUUGUGAUGGAGCGCACGGCUAAUUUCCUGAAGUGAUGUCAAGGCCAGAGUAGCAGAAUGCAGAACAGUAACGAUAGAAGCCCUCCCCAAUCUCCUUAUGUAUUUAUAUAUUUUUUUUAUAGUUAUAUAGGGAAAACUGUCAACCAUAUCUAAAGUGCAGGACCAAGAAGAAAUAUGUAUGCCUUUGUGAGGUUCUUGGAAGAUGAUAUGUGUUACGCUUUACCCGCUUCCAAUGUAAAAGAUUUUAGACCUCUGCACAACACAGAUUUUGAUAAUCAGAAGGUGUAUCUGGUUCUCAGAACAGAAGAGAAUGAUACAGGCCAGCCGUGCAAAGCACAGCUUCUUGCCCUUGCAGACAACAUUGAUGAGUUUAAAAAUAGUAUAAUGCAAAAGAAGAUGAAAAUUCCUAAAAUGACGACAAGGAAUAUGGGAAACUCGGUGGAGAACCACUUUGGGGAGGAACGACUUCCGUUAAGACAUAAAAAGGCUCAAGCGCAAGACAAUGGCCGUCCCACCGCUAACUCCUCCAAAAGCCUCGCUGCAGUGGUAGCCCGCCUGGAGAGGAAUGCUGUGAGCUCCUGUGUGGAGGAGGACCUAGAGGAAGACCGACUAGCUGAGGAGGAAGAGGAGGAAGAAGAUGAGGAGGAGGAGGAGGAGGAAGAGGAGGGAGACUCUGGACAUGAGGAGGCAGUGGUGCCGCGGGUUUUGUACGAGGAGCUGGUGCACAGUUACAGGCAGCAGGAGGAGGAGAUGAGGAGGCUACAACAGGAGCUGGAGAGAACGCGCAGGCAGCUGGUCCAGCAGGCCAAGAAGUUGAAAGAGUACGGCAGCCUGCUGACAGAAGUGAAGGAGCUGCGCGACUUCAACAGGAGGCUGCAGGACGUGCUUCUCAUGAGGCUGGGCAGCGAGCCUAUGCAUGACAACGGCACUCAGACAAUCAAGCCUGAGGUGGUGGAGCCCAUCAUUGAGCCACAGGAAGUGUGCAGAGAAGAGGCCAAUACCAGCUCCAGCCACUCCCCCUCCCCACGAACAGUGUACACUUUUAACGAUGGCAAGGUGCACCUGGGUGGAGGCAUCUGGGUGGAGGAGGAGAAGUGGCACCAGCUGCAGCGGACGCAGGGAGACUCCAAGUUCACCAAGAACCUGGCCGUUAUGAUUUGGGGCACGGAAACGCUCAAGAACAGGAGCGUCACCGGUGUUGCUACCAAAAAGAAGAAAGAUGCCCUCCCCAAGCCCCCUCUCUCCCCGAGCAAGCUCAAAAUUGUCCGAGAGUGUCUGUAUGACAGAGUGUCUCAAGAAACCGCAGACAGCGCCGAGAUCACACAAAGAUUGUCCAAAGUGAACAAAUACAUAUGUGAAAAAAUUAUGGAUAUCAACAAAUCCAUCAAGAAUGAGGAGAGGCGGGAAUCCAAGCUGCUUAUUAGACAAACCGUCAAGAUGGAGAAUUUCACAUACGAUGGCAUGUAGUGAAGAAAAGUUGUCACCAUACUGUAGUUCAUUCUUUUUUCUCAGACUGCUCAAACAGAAGAGGGUGGGUAGGAUCAUGUGUGCCAGACCAGCAUUUGAGAUUAUCAGUGGCGCCCAAGACCCUAAACGACCUGUACCGGCUCUGCUAACCUACAGUCAUCGGCGUCCAGCAUUGCUGUUGGCCGUUGAGGGAGUGCUUCCCUUGAAAUCUAUGAAAGCUGCUAUAAUGUCUUCGUUGUGCCAAUGGCUCAUUAAUCGCAAAGGUUUGCUUCUCGACGGCUGACGCGCACGCUCUUCUGUCUUGUGAAUUACAAUGAUGAGGGGGAAAACGUUUAUAUCAGUUGGUGUAGCUGGUAGAAUGUCAAAUUGACACGAUGAUGAUGACUAUGUAGUGUAGUCAAGCAGUAUGACAUCUUUACAUGCCAGUCAAUACAGAGUGGGUGAACAUGCUGAUAUUAGUCAUGAACAGGAGUAUUUUUGUAUAAGCAUUAAGUGGGACUGGGAGAUGUUAUAGUUAGUGUGUUUCUCAACAGUUUCUUUAAUCAGUUUGGGAGAGAAUGCAGAGCCGCUCAAACCAAAUGUUCUGUGUCAGAACAUGACAUGGUGUCCUAAUAUUCUCAAUUUUUCCCCUUGAAACAUGUCUUCUGAUUGAAGAAGAAUCAUUCCGGAAGAUUUACGCUAGUGUGUCUGUCUCUGUGUGUGUGUGUGUGUGUGUGUGUGUGUGUGUGUGUGUGUGUGCGUGCGUGCGUGUGUGUGUGUGUGUGUUGUGUUUGAGAGUUUAGCACUGCUAAAGGCCUUUGUGAAGUAGCAAUGCUGAAGGUCUUUCUGCGUUAUUGGGGUACUAAACAUAUCUUUCGGUGGAUUUAAAGAUGCACUUUUUAAGAUUGGCCUCUAAUUUACAUGUCUUGAUUGAUAAGAGGCCAAAUUGAGAUAUUUGUUUGUCCUAGAGAUUAUUGACGUGUGGUCAUUUACUUUGGGAGGCAAAGUUGGAGGCCUCAUGGAAAUAUACCAUUGGGAUUUCUGUAUUUUACUAGACUCAAGAUAAACACAUUAAGUAAAGAUGAGUCAUUGUUUCUAUGUGUGGUGCUUGUUCAAAGCACAGACUGGUACCAGUCUUAUAAAGCUACUGUAUGUUGUUCUUUUAUACUGUCGGUCCAAGGUGCUUUCAAGGAAGAAUGGAUUUGGCAAUCAUCGGGGAGUGUGUUCAAGUAAGCUGUGAUUGUAUUGUAAAGCUGAUACUGCUUUAUACUGCACUUUGGUGUCUGAAUAUGAAAAGUUGCCCAGUGCUGUGUUCAUUUGGCUGUUGGUAAAGCUGUCUACAGCGGUCAGUGUUAGGCAGGCUAGAUCCCUGUGGGCCUGGAUACAGCUGGAUUCUGGCUCUGUCACAACCCUCUUCUUUGAGGCAAACCACUGGGAAUGAAAUAAGGUAUAGUGACAACUUCCAAUGGCAUGCCAUCAGAACUUUUCAAAAUGUCUUCUCUGUUUUUUCUCUCCAAAUGUUUUUCUUUUCUGGCUGUCUGCAAUCUGGAACUAAAUGCUGCAGAUUGAAUUCUCGACUGUGACCAUGUGGCUAACUGUGAAUCACCUGCAGGUCUACCUGUAAAGCCUUUUUGUCUAUUCACUUAGUUUUUGUUAGUCUGUCUGUUUGUUUAAAAAAAAAAAUCGUACAGUUCGAUCAAACUUUUGUAAUGCUACCAUGUUGGGAUAUUUCAGUGUAUAGGAAUUAACUUGUAUUUUUUUCAUUAAUCAUGGGCUUUUAAGUUUAUGUUCUGACCACAUUUUCGUGUUGAGCUUUUGUAGCUUUUUUGCCGGUUUGUUGAUUCACAAUGUUAUUCCUUUGUAACCAGUGUUUGGGGUCAGCAACAUUCCAAUUCCAGACAAUUCAGAAAGUAGCCGACUGACAAUUACAUUUUCUGGAAUGUUUUUCAUGAAGGAACAUUUGGAAUUUGAAUUUGGCUUACUUUCAGAAUUGCCUGGCAUUGAAAAUAAAUUGACUCUAAACCAUGCUGGCAUUUCAAAUUUUUGGUUUAUUUUAAUAAUCAUUAUUUAAGCUUAAUAUCAUGAGCAUCUACACUCAAAGAAAAGAUGUUUCUCUCACGUGACCUUGUAAAAAAAAACGAAAAAAAAACAAACAGUGAUAUUGGUAGCCUUGUCCGUCUUUGACAUAUCUUAAGUUUGACAUACCUGUUUUAAAGUGGCAAUCAGUGGUUGAAACAAUACUGUUUUGGUAGAAACAGAUGGCUGGAGAAAUGUAACCAGUCUCAAAUGUGUAGAUGGAGCAAUUGAUCCAAGGACUGACCAUUUGAGAUUUAGGCGAUAUAUGGUUUGUUUACAUCAACUGUGUUUACAAACAUUGGCUUUACAAGUAAGCUCAUGAUGCUUUAUUUUUAUUAUAUGCUUUAAAAAUCCAAUUGUAGAUUUACUUAAUUCAGAAAUACAGAAAUGGAUAAGGCAACUGCAGAUUGUACCUUUAAGGACAGGCUGUAUCAUCAAAACAGUCAUUCAAUGCACUUUAAACCUCUUGGUUUUUCUGAAGACGAACCGAUUGGUUUGCAACUAUUUUUGGUCAAAAAUAAAUUUAACCAUCAAUCUAUGUAUUAUGCACCUUAGAACAAUCCUGAUAUAUUUCAGUUCUAGUUGGUUUUUUGUUUCGUUAAUGUUUGAAGAGUGGUCCUUAGUAAGCUAUGCCUCUGGCAUUCAGUGCUUUAUUUUCCCUAGGGCUAGCCUAUUAACCUCAAGCAUACCACUCCACAGCAAUCAGAAUAGGCUUGGUCCUCAUACCAAUGUGUUUUGGGUUUUAAAAUCAACUUAUUUCCUCGAUGAGCCAGACAAUAGUGUAUUAAGAUAAGCUUCUGACUGUUGCACACUUUUUUUUCUUUUCUCUUUUCCAUGUUAAUAAUAUCAAUAAUAUUUAGCUUUUAUUUUACCUUACUAUUUGAAUAAUAUGCUUUUUUUUAAGGAACACUUGAAGCUGCAAUUUCUUUCUGGUUGAAUUAUCGCCAUAAACCACCUUUUCUCCUUGUCGGUCAAUGGUAGGUCAGCUGUUGUUUAUACCUAGCACUUUGCGCUCUUCUCCUGUUUCAUUGUGCAGAGGUGUAUAGUAGCUAGACGUCCGAAAGGGUUGUCUGCACUCUUCCCUCCAUCUGUUUAGGCUGCUAAUGUUUGAGGUGGGCAUGGCCACGCGUACAGCUGACAAUACAUAGCCUGGUCUCGCUAAGCCCCCAGCCGGGAGUUUGUCUAUGACCUGCCGGAAGAGACCAAAUGGGAAAGAUUUAAUGUGGUGCUCAUAGAGUUGCCGUUAUUGUCAGAUUGUGUGGUACUGAGCUCUCUGGCUGCACUAGAUGUGCUUGCUUUUCCGGUCGAACUUUGGAUCCAUCUUGUACCAGCCAGGUCUUGUGUUGAGUAGAAUGGAGUGGUGGAAAAGGGGGGUACUGUGUAAUGUGAAAAAGCAAUGACCUAAAUGGCAAUGUUCUUUUAUACAUUGACUUGUUUGUUUAAAAGGGCUGGGCACAUUCAGUGUUGUUGUUGCUAAGUGGUAGGAAUAAGACAAGGCAUUGAAUGCUGAAGAUCUUGUGGGUGUAUUAGCUGGGUUUGAACUUGCACAAAUAUGGCCCUUGCCCAAGUCCAAAAUGUUAAGUUUACCACAGAAACAAUAUAGUUAUUUAUAUUCUACCCCAUAUCCCUGUAAAGUUGAUGUGGUCCUGUUAUUAUUUCGGGUCCUAAUCAAUGUGAUCAUAUCGCUAUCCAGCUCUUAUGUGUUGCAAUACAUGUAUGUUUAAAGCUUUUAAGUAUUCUGUGAAACUGUUCUGUUUUGUGGACCGCAAUUAACUCCUGCUACUUAUGUUUUUGUCCCUGUCAUGUUUACAUUUAUUUUCUCUGAUGCCAAAAAUGAGGGUAAUGGGGGUAUACAUGAAAGGGUUUUAUGACACAAUGCUGUGGACCAGUCUAGGUUUAACCUACCAAAUUGCCCAGUGUUCCUAAUAGAUUUCCAUAACUUUGACUUUGACUAAAAAAAGUGGCAACCCUUUUUUAAAUUUAUUUUUUAUUAUAAAUUUAAGAUUUAUUUGUCAUAGCCUCACUACCGCAGUGAGUCAUAGACUGUCCCAUAGAAUGUCCCUCUGCUCUCUCAGCGCUGUGUGAUCCAUGUAACCCAAUGUCCCCACCUCAGAUGUACAAACUAAAGUUUUCUGAAAACAAGAAAGGGGCUGUGGGGAAAAAGUUUUUUGCUCAACUCUACAUGUAGCUUUCAGAGUUCUACAAUCCAUUGGCAGGUAUACGUUAUAUAGCUUCACCAUCCUACCUCAUUGCUGCUCUUGUGUAUAUGUGUAUGUGUAUUAUGUAUAUAUUUUAAAAACUAUAGGAAAAUACCUUAUUGAUAACUCCUUUCCACAUGUACAGUAUAUGUAAACGUGUAACACCUCAGUAACACCGUUGAUAUUGUUAUUGGAAAAUCUGUUUUAUAACCUGCUUACUAAAGAUGCUAUAUGGACAGGGGAUACCCUUUUGUGUCCGAGUAUGUAUUUAAACUCAUUGCUGUAGCUUUGAUGGGUGUUUUGCUUUCAGAGAUUUUCACUGGUUGGAUGGUGCUACCAGCAAACAGGUUAACUGAUCUGUGUCUCUUACCUCAAAUGGUGCUACUUUUUUCUAUGUUUUUAAUCUCAUUAGGCUGUAUGUUAUUCAGGUUGUUGUUUCCCCAAAUAAUAAGACCCCAACGACAAAUCAAAUUUCUGAAAUGUUGAACUCAGCAUUGUACUAUUGGAUAUGUUCUGAUUGUAACAAAAUCCACUCUGGUGUGCUUUAAGUCAAGUACCUCAAUUCCUUGCUGAUAUUAAAAUAUUUUUGCAGUUAUCCUUUAUACAAUUUAUAAGGAAUUGUACAUUUUUAGCUUGCUUUAAAAAGCACAUCUCUGAUCAGAAUUUAACAAAAUGUUGAUGUUGGAUUGUUGACUUUGGGCGUUAUGAGCAGUUAUACAAAAACUGUUUCUAAAGCGGUCUGGGCAGUUCCACUAAAUAUAGGUGCACUGCAAAUGUUUUGAUCUCCACAAGUCAAUCCUGUAAAAACACUUCUAGGUAGAUUGCUCCUACUAUAGUACUGGGGUUUUCAAAGUCUGAGGCGCGCUUCCUAGGAGGGCGCCAGAGAGCAUCAGGGGAGGCGUGAAUUGCUGCCUAGUUUCGACAGCCAGCCCAGUAGCUUAAUUGGCGGGAGGCAGUGUGCAAUUGUGUCGAGAAUCUUGGCUAACAAUCUUCACCGCUAGCCCGAUUUAUUAUACUUGCUGUUCACUGUCUUACUAUACAAUAUUGUUAUCUUGCAACCAAGGAUCAAUUGCUUAUUUUUAUUUUGCAGUGCUGUUGAUUUAGUUUUAUCACAUUAUAAGUGUAUUUAGUGGUUGUGACGGACAGGGAGUCGGCUACUGACAGCAGUGUGUCUAUCAAACAGUUGAUUGUUGUAAUGGGUUUCAAUAUGUUUUUCCAUAAACAGCAAUGUCUUUCGCAAUGUUUAAAGAGCUGUUUGUGCACAUUAUUUUCCCCUCAACUUUCUUUCAUUUUGGUUGUGAUUGGUCAUAAGGGUUAUAUUACCAUUCUUCCCUGGUCCAGAAUGUCGAGUUUGACAUCUCUAGAGAACUGCUUCAAUGCACCAAGUGACCAAGGUCUGCAGGGGGCUUCAGUAUAUACAAAUAUUGUCAAGUUUUUGGGGUGUCUUGAUGUUCUAUGAAUUUAGGUGUUCUUUCAGAUUUUGAAAACCCCUGCUAUCAGCAGUAUUUCUCGGCAGUAUUAGCAAGGACAUUUUAUAUUGGGUUGGGUCGAUGGUGUUGGAAACUUAACCAAAGGGGGCCCUCUUGGAGAAUAUGAAAUCUAGCAUUCAUUGUUUGUAUCUUGUUGUGUGUGUGUGUGUGUGUGUGUGUGUGUGUGUGUGUGUGUGUGUGUGUGUGUGUGUGUGUGUGUGUGUGUGUGUGUGUGUGUGUGUGUGUGUGUGUGUGUGUGUGUGAGAGAGAACUUCAUGUUGACAACAUUGUGUGAAGUAUGUCAAAGAGGAAUCACAUUGAAAUCGCAGUCAAUCACUAGUUUUAUCAUACUUCAUUCUUGCUGCUGAGAAUUAAUGUAUUUUUGUUUUCGAGAUGUUAAUUGGAAUUACUGUUGACCAGGGCCAUAGAUGUGAACAAUAUGUACUAUAUAAUGUUUGUAGUAUGUACAUGUACUCCAUAUCUGUGGCUCAGCUGUGAUCUUCGGCUGCUUUAUUACUCUUUUCUCGAGUUUGAUUGUUUUGACCAAUCAAAUAAACAAAAAGAUCUGAUGUGAAAAUGAGGUCCAAUUAGUAGAAAAAAUAUCUGAAUUGUGCUGCCCGUGUAAUACAGCCAUUAUGUGUUUUUUAAAUCCCUCUCACUGGAGCCAGUGGCAUUCAGAUGUUGAUGUUUUAGUUGGGGUGAAAUCUCAUUGGACACAGAGUUUGAGUCACUGUUGGCUGUUGUUUGCAGAAAUAUUUUGAGAGCCUCACCGGAUAUGCGCUAACAUAAUUGGUUUAACCUGACAAUCAAACAUCUCCCUCUUCAAGUGCCCCCAUAAAGGAGUGGCCAGACGGCGACAUUGACAUGGUCCGUCUUGCAGUCCAUAUGACAUAAAGAUGACGUAUACCUAUCAAGUAAAUGUCCAACGGUUUUCACAAAUGUAAAGUUCUGAAGAUGCGUUGAACUUCUAGCAGGCCGAUACCUUAGGAAAUCACAGAAGACCAGCACGUGCACAAACCAAUUGAGUAAAUAGGACCCUGUGGGCAGACCAUCAGUUCCUAUUUGGCUUCUGCUCUGCAGUAAUUAGUUUCAUCAUCCACUAUAUUAAGUUGUUUCCACAACUAAAAGGAUUGCUAGAUAUUAGCUAACCUUUAGUUGCGGAAUGUUCUGUAGCCUGUCAAAAGAUAGUUAGUUAUAUCAAAUUGCUUUAGGGUGUGGCAAAGACAUGUUUUUCAUCAACAAAGGCAUAUAAUCUCUAUGGACUCAACUUAACAUCCAGGUGUUUGUAUUUAUUUCUCACUUUUAGCAAAAUGGCUAAAUAGAUUUUUUUUACCCGGUAGGUGUCUGCAAUUAACAUAAUUGUCAAACAUAAUUUGAUAAAUCAGAAACGUUUCUGUCAGACAGUAGAACAUUUCAUAACUUACCAUUAGCUAUUAUCUAGCUAUACUUGAAUCUACCCCUGUAUUUGUCUUUAAUACAUUUGUCCAUUUUUUGCCACACCUUACGGUCAUGUAUUUCUCCAUAAAUGGAACAAUGAUAAAUAUUUCAGGGUGCCGCUAAACUGAUCCGUGGAUAACAGAAGCCAGAUUUGAGUGGAUGUUUUGUCGGUUCGUGUGUGGCAUGUUUAAUUGGUGGACGUCUCCAUUGGCCAGUUCAAACUUCAACUCAUCUAGACAAAAUCCAAUUUCUCUGCAUCCUCACUCUGUAAGGUUUCGUUUAAGUAAUUAUAUAGCUCUUAGGCCAACUUUGAAUCAUUGAUAUGCUAGGCCUAUAUGCGCUGUGCGCAUUGCCCUGUGGAUGAGGUAGGUUGGGGGAAGUAGAGGGAGCAGGCUUCAUUAGAAGGGGCUAGGUAAAGAGUGAGCCUCUGCUGUCACAGCAGGGCCGGUUCUAGGCUUUAGCGGCAUUAGGUGUUGCUUAGGUCCGACCGGUAGGGCACCCUGACUGGGGAGGCGGCCCCAAUUUUUUUUUUGCUUAAGUCCCCCAAAAGGCUAAAGUCGGCAAUGUGUCUCUGUCACCCAAAGGUUUCCUAUACACAAAGAAAAUGUUAUAUAAAUACAUGUCCUUGCCAAUCGGUCGCACCUCUGCUUCGCGAUCGACUUUGAAGCUUAGCAUACUUUUUCUGUGUUUGCUGCAGUCCAGGUACACCUGUUCAAUGUACAGAUCAACAAAAUAAAUCCAGACUUUUAUUCUACCAGAA